GAGAAGGAAACUCGUGUCGCGCGUGAGUUGUUUGUCACUCUCAUACUCACUGACAUUGUAUUCCUUUCCGUUUCUCUCUCUCCGAGGUCUCGCUUUCCCAUUCUUCCACACAACACACCUUUUACUGUUUAACCAUUUUUUGUCUUCAACAACACCUUGCAUUGUCCCUUCUUUUCUUCUCUUCUCUUCUCUUCUCCUUCUUCUCUCUUUUCUCUUUUCUCUUUUCUCAUACAACUAACCUAAAACUUCUUCUCUUCAAUCUUCUACCUCCAACGGUCACAAAUAAAAAUGUUCCAUUUCCUCUUUUUUCUUCUCUUUUUCAACUCUCUUUCACCUCUAACAUUUUCACUAAACCCUGAAGGUUAUGUUCUCUUAACACUCAAACAAAUCAUCAAAGACCCACAAGGCUCUAUGAACAAUUGGAAUUCUUCUGAUCAAAACCCAUGUUCAUGGAAUGGAAUCACUUGCAAAGACCAAACUGUUGUUUCCAUUAGUAUCCCAAAAAGGAAACUUUAUGGUUCUCUUCCUUCUUCACUAGGAUCUCUUUCUCAGCUUCGUCAUGUCAACUUCAGAAGCAACCAACUCUUUGGAGCUUUACCUCAAGAGCUUUUUCAAGCUCAAGGACUUCAAAGUUUGGUUCUUUAUGGAAAUUCCUUUUCUGGGUCUGUUCCUAGUGAGAUUCAGAAUCUCAGGUACCUUCAAACUUUAGAUUUGUCACAAAAUUUAUUUAAUGGGUCAUUGCCUGCUUCAAUUGUUCAAUGUAAGAGACUUAAAACUCUUGUUUUAAGUAGAAACAAUUUUACUGGUUUUUUGCCUAAUGGAUUUGGUACUGGUUUGUCUUCUCUUGAAAAAUUAGACCUUUCUUUCAAUCAGUUUAAUGGGUCAAUUCCUAGUGACAUGGGGAAUUUGUCAAGUUUGCAAGGAACUGUUGAUUUGUCUCAUAAUCAUUUUAGUGGUUUAAUUCCAGCUAGCCUUGGAAAUUUGCCUGAGAAGGUUUAUAUUGAUCUUACUUACAAUAAUUUGAAAGGUCCAAUACCACAAAAUGGUGCUUUAAUGAAUAGAGGACCAACUGCUUUUAUUGGUAAUCCUGGUUUAUGUGGUCCACCUUUGAAGAAUCCAUGUGGUUCUGAUGUUCCUGCUACCAGUUCACCUUCCUCGAAUCCAAAUCUUCCUGAGAAUUCUCCACCAAACGGUGCUGGAAGUGGUAUUGGGGGAAGUGAGAAAAACAAAGGGCUAAGUAAAGGUGCUGUGGUUGGCAUUGUUGUAGGUGAUUUAAUUGGAAUUUGUCUUUUAGGUUUGUUGUUCUCUUUCUUUUACUCGAGGGUUUGCGGUUUUAAUCAGGAUCAAGAAGAAAAUGAUCUUAACAAGGGAAGGAAAGGAAGGAAAGAGUGUUUUUGUUUCAGAAAGGAUGAUUCUGAGGCACUAUCUGAUAAUGUUGAGCAAUAUGAUCUUGUUCCAUUAGAUUCCCAGGUCGCUUUUGAUUUGGAUGAGCUUCUUAAGGCUUCCGCUUUUGUUCUUGGUAAGAGUGGAAUUGGGAUUAUGUACAAAGUUGUUCUCGAAGAGGGGAUUGCUUUGGCUGUGAGAAGAUUGGGGGAGGGAGGUUCUCAGAGGUUUAAAGAGUUUCAAACAGAAGUAGAAGCUAUAGGGAAGUUAAGACACCCAAAUAUCGCUACUCUUAGAGCCUAUUAUUGGUCUGUUGACGAGAAGCUUCUCAUAUAUGAUUAUAUACCAAAUGGAAGCCUUGCUACAGCAAUUCAUGGGAAGCCUGGACUUGUCACAUUUACGCCGCUAAGUUGGCCGGACCGGUUGAAAAUCAUGAAAGGAACUGCAAAAGGAUUAACCUAUCUGCAUGAAUUCAGCCCGAAAAAAUAUGUCCAUGGAGAUCUGAAGCCAAGUAACAUACUUCUUGGACUUGACAUGACACCCUACAUUUCCGAUUUCGGUCUAGGGCGCCUCGCAAACAUCGCUGGCGGUUCACCAACCCUGCAAUCGAACCGAGUGGCUGCAGAAAAACUGCAAGAAAAACAAAAGAGCUUGUCCCACGAAGUAGCAGCAAAUAUUUUGGGAAAUGGUUAUCAAGCUCCAGAAGCACUAAAAGUGGUGAAGCCAUCACAGAAAUGGGAUGUUUAUUCAUAUGGUGUGAUAUUGUUAGAAUUGAUUACAGGAAGAUUACCUAUUGUUCAAGUAGGUAACUCAGAAAUGGACCUUGUUGAAUGGAUUCAGUUCUGCAUUGAAGAGAAGAAGCCACUCUCAGAUGUGUUGGAUCCAUAUUUGGCUGAAGAUGCAGAUAAAGAGGAAGAGAUAAUUGGAGUUUUGAAAAUUGCAAUGGCUUGUGUUAAUAGCAGCACUGAAAAGAGACCUACAAUGAGGCAUGUACUUGAUGCUUUGGAUAGAUUGUCUGUUUCAUCUGAUUGAGAAAUCUUAAGGGUGCUGUGAAUUGUGAAUUCAGCUCAUCUAGAAAGCUUUUGCUUUUACUCAUGUUCAUGGUUUAAGAAUGUCUUAAAAACUGCUUGGAUUUUCAAGGAGUUUCUCUACAUGUAUGAAUCCUUGUAAUGGAAACACUAGAAAAUGAUUAAUUUGUUUGAGAAAA